AUGUUGCCGGGGGUUAUCGCUCCUCCCGCCAUGUACCCCAACCUGCUGUCUCUGCCGCGGACUCUGCGCUCGGCCUUCACGCCGCCGUCCAGUUUCCGCGUGGAGGACCUGCUGCGCAUCGGCCGCGAGAGCUUCCCGCCGCACGCGAGCCCCAGCUCCCCCGAGACCGCGCGCGCUUCCUCCGUUACCGACAGGAGCUGCUCCCCGCCGCAGACCAGCACGAGCCCACACACGCACACACACACCCACACGCACACACACACCGAGCCCGGAUACCUGAAGUUCGGAGUGAACGCCAUCCUCGCACCAGAUACCAGGACCGCAUCAUCUCCACCUGCACUGCAUGGCACGGGUCCCAAACACUUCCCCUUCCCUUAUUUUGAUGCGUCAUUCCAUCCAUUCAUCAGAGCCGCCUAUUUCCCCGCUUCAAACUCAGUGGUUCCUAUACCGGGAACCUUCUCAUGGCCACUUACAGCAAGGGGAAAGCCGAGGAGAGGCAUGCUGAGGCGGGCCGUGUUUUCGGAUGUGCAGCGCAAAGCUUUGGAGAAAAUGUUUCAGAAGCAGAAGUACAUCAGCAAACCAGACAGGAAGAAGCUGGCCACGAAACUCGGCCUAAAAGAUUCUCAGGUAAAGAUAUGGUUCCAAAACCGGAGAAUGAAAUGGCGGAAUUCCAAAGAACGGGAACUUUUGUCUUCAGGUGGCUGUCGAGAACAAACCCUGCCAACGAAGACGAACCCUAACCCAGAUCUCAGCGACGUUGGGAUAAAGUACGAGAAUCUUGACAGAGACAGCCCACAUGGAGCCUUCUACCAUCCUCACACAGUCAAAGAUCUCGAAAACGGUUCGGAUUCAUUCAUCACGUCUCCGUCACAUUCCAGCAAGAACUCAGAAUCAUCAGACGAUGAAGAAAUCACCGUAUCGUAGUUACACACAAAAACUAAAACAGACUGUGAUUGGUAUUGAAUUAAUCCUCAGUUCCACAAUGCGGUAGAGCCUACUGGGGGCUAGACUUAAUUAAACUAAGAGACAUUCAGCCCCUCUGGAAAAGUUUUGGCACCCCGUAGCAGAUGCUUAAUAAGUGUCAUGAAUCAAAAACAUUUUUAAAAACAUGUUUAAAAUGUUACAACCAUGACAGAUGUGUUUUUUUUUCUCUUGUUGGCUUUUGUUACCAAUGAGCAUCUAUUAUUAAUGAACCACAUUGCUGUCUGGAAAUUAACCUGAUGAUGAAAAUCUACUUUAAACAUUCAGGCUACUAAUUUAAUGGCCUUUACUGUGGCUGCGUUUUUUGCAGUCGUGAUGUCUUGUAUACUAUUUUGUAUGAAUAUAUUUUGGAAUAUUUUGGAAUAUUUUCUAUGGUACAUUUUUUUUUAGCCGAACAAGAUUCAUGCCUUUCUUGCAGAUUUUUUUUCCCUGUUUAGAUUUUCCAUCUAAACUAUGUAGAUGCUAAAUGUAUAACUUAAAGUUCUUAUAUUAUUUUG